AUGAACGAAUCAAUCUGUGCCAUGGUACUCCAGAUCCUGGUGCCCUUUCUGUUGGCAGGCUUUGGCACUGUGAUGGCUGGCAUGCUUUUGGAUGUGGUACAGCACUGGGAGGUGUUUGAGAAUGUGACAGAGAUCUUCAUCCUUGUUCCUGCCCUGCUUGGACUGAAGGGGAACUUGGAGAUGACAUUGGCAUCUAGACUCUCCACAGCAGUAAAUGUGGGUAGAAUGAAUUCCCCAAGGGAAAAAUGGAACUUGAUCAUUGGAAACUUAGCACUGAAGCAGGUACAGGCUACUGUGCUGGGUCUCCUAGCUGCAUUGGCAGCCUCGGUUCUGGGCUGGAUCUUGAAGGGGGAAUUCUAUGCAGGGCAGCUAGCGCUGUUGUGCUGUGGCAGUGUAGUGACUGCCUUCACUGCAUCACUGUUACAGGGAAUCAUUAUGGUGGGCGUCAUUGUCGGGUCACGGAGGACAGGUAUCAACCCAGACAAUGUGGCAACACCCAUUGCUGCCAGUCUAGGUGACCUCAUCACUUUGGCCAUCCUUGCAUUUGUCAGUCAGGGGCUGUACUUCUGCAUGGAGCCCUAUCCUUUUGUGUCCUACCUGGUAUGUGUCGUAUUUUUGUGCUUGACGCCGCUUUGGGUUUUCAUAUCAUACCGACACCCAGAGAGUCGCAGGCUCCUGUAUUCAGGCUGGGAGCCUAUUCUCACGGCCAUGGUCAUCAGCAGUAUGGGUGGACUUAUCUUGGACAAAACUAUUUCUGACCCUAAUCUCAUGGGUAUAGUGGUCUACACACCUGUCAUUAACGGCAUUGGUGGUAAUCUGGUGGCCAUCCAAUCCAGUCGGAUUGCCACACACCUACACUUCCAUUGUACCCUGGGGGAGUUGCCCAGGGAAACCCAGGGCUGUUACAGCCCAUGUCGCACCUUCUGUGGCAAAGAACCAAACAACCGAUCAGCACAGGUGCUCCUCCUUUUGGUAAUCCCCGGCCAUCUGAUUUUCCUCUACACUAUUCACUUACUGAAGGGUGGCAGCAUGCCAUCCUUUGUCUUUAUAGCCUUUUACUUAUCAGCUGCCCUCAUACAGGUCUUCCUUCUGUUGUGCUGUGCGGAUUUAAUGGUUCACUGUCUGUGGAGAUACGGCAGAGAUCCGGAUAGUUUCUCUAUCCCGUAUCUAACAGCUUUAGGAGAUCUGCUGGGCACAGGUCUGCUGGCACUGUGUUUCCAUCUAUUAUGGAUCAGUGGUGUUGACCGUAUCAGUGGGAUCCUCCCAUAA